GAUUAAGUGCCUGCAUAUCCAGCAUCAUGUUUACCUUCGCUAUUCUCCUUCUCUGCGUUCAGGGCUGCCUGAUCCAAAAUGUGUACGGUCAGUGCUGUGGCUGUGGAUGCGGUGGUGGUUGCGGUUGCGGUUGCUAUGGCGGCGAGGGCGAAGGUAAUGUGAACGUCUGCGGUGAGCUGCCCGUGUGUGGUGAAACCUGUGUCUGUGGCCGCGUGCCCAUCUGCGGAGGUGUUUGCUUCAAGGGCCCUGCCUGUGCUAGUGGUUGUGUCUCUAUCUGCGGACGUUGCUGCGGAUGCGGGUGCGGAGGUUGCGGUGGAUGCGGAUGCGGCUGUGGAGGCUGCGGUGGAUGUGGAUGCGGCUGUGGAGGCUGUGGUGGAUGCGGAUGUGGCUGUGGAGGCUGCGGAGGAUGCGGAUGCGGACGUAGAUGCUGUUGCUGCUAAAAAACUCAUUAUUAGUUAUUUAUUAUUGAAAAAAUCAAUAAAAUCCAGAUUCAAUAAUAAUUCUCAUUGUAUUUUCAAUACCACAAUAUAUUUAUGAUUGAAAGCAAACAUCUUUGUGCAAUAAAAAACAUCUAAAUUGAGUUUUCAAUAAAAGCGAGUUCAUAA